GCAAAAAUGUAACCGUCAUGUCCCUCCGUUCAAACAAACUGGAAUUUCUUCCCGAUGAAAUUGGUCAAAUGCAGAAACUCCGUGUCUUAAAUUUGAGUGACAACAGGUUAAAAAAUUUACCCAUCACUUUUACAAAGCUUAAAGAACUUGCAGCAUUGUGGCUUUCAGACAACCAGUCUAAGGCUCUGAUUCCUCUUCAAACUGAGGCACAUCCAGAAACAAAGCAAAGAGUGUUAACUAACUACAUGUUUCCUCAGCAACCUCGGAGUGAUGAAGAUUUCCAGUCUGAUAGUGAUAGUUUUAAUCCUACUCUGUGGGAGGAACAGCGGCAGCAACGUAUGACAGUGGCCUUUGAGUUUGAGGAAAAAAAGGAAGAAGAGGAAAAUGCAGGAAAAGUUAAGGAAUAUUGCACUUUGGAAGGUUUUUAUCCCCAGCGGCAUGCUACUUCUGAGGUUGAAAUAAAUUUAAAGCGUUAUCCAACUCCAUAUCCAGAAGAUUUAAAGAACAUGGUGAAAUCUGUUCAAAAUCUGGUGGGCAAAUCUACCCAUGGAGUGAGGCCUGAGAAUUCAGCACCAUCUGCCAGUGCAGAACAAGUUGUGAAAGACAAAUUUGAGCAUAAGUGGCCCAUGGCAACAAAAGAGCUGUCAGUGGAGGAUUCUUUUGUACACCCAGUGAAUGACAUGAGGAUAGGAGAACUUCGCCCCUCAAUGACUGAUGCACCAUUAUAUCAACCAAAGCUUGUUCUCUUAGGAAAAGAAAAAAAAGAAUCAACGGAUGAAUCUGAAGCCGAUAAAAUUCACUGCAGGAAUAACAGUGUUUCUUCAGGAACCUAUUCAGACUACUCUCCAUCGCAAGCAUCUUCUGGGUCUUCUAAUGCUCAUGUUAAAAUAGGAUCUUUGCAGACUACAGCUAAAGAUGCAGUGAAUAAUUCAUUGUGGGGUAACAGGCUUGUCCAAUCUUUCCCACAACCCCUUGAGACCAAGCCAUUACUCAGUCAGCGGGAAUCUGCUCCAGCAGGAAAUUUACAGCAACACAAUGAUAGACGUCCAAUGAGUGAUACCUUUGCUGACAGUUGGAAUGACAGCUCUCACUAUGAUAACACGGGAUUUGUGGCCGAGGAGAACACGGUGGAGAAUCCUAGCACUAAUCCUCUCUUAAGUUCCAAAUCAAGAAGCACAUCUGCUCAUGGACGCAGGCCUUUAAUCAGGCAAGACAGGAUAGUUGGUAUUCCCCUAGAACUUGAGCAACCCACUAUCCGAAAUACCCCUGACUCAGAAGUGCCUCCAUCAAACCCUUGGCAGAACUGGACAAGAACACCCAGCCCCUUUGAAGAUAGGACAGCUUUCCCUUCUAAGCUGGAGAUCACCCCUAGUAGUAGCCCUUUACCUGAAAGGAAAGACCUUGUUAAAGACUCUCCUGAAAUCUCUAGUACUUUUUCUCCAGGUACACCAUGGGAAUAUCAUGAUUCCAACACUAACAGAAGUCUCAGCAAUGUCUUUUCACACAUUCACUGUCGCCCAGAGCUUUCUAAAAAUAUUAUUUCCAUCAGCAAAAGUACAGAGAGACUUUCUCCAAUGAUGAGAGAUUUAAAAACAAGCCGGUUUAAGAAAUCACAAAGUAUAGAUGAGAUAGAUAUUGGUGCAUAUAAAGUUUAUAACAUACCACUAGAGAACUAUGCAGCUACUACUGAUAAUGCAGGGAUACAUGACAGACAAGAUAAGAUGUUGGGGGCAGAACAUGGAAUGUCUAGUAUGUCCCGUAGCCAGUCUGUGCCAAUGCUUGAUGAUGAAAUGAUGACUUACGGAAAUGUAAAGAUCCAACAACAGCAAAAGCCCUCUGUGACUAAAAAAGUAUACCAGUUUGACCAAAGUUUUAAUCCUCAAGGAUCAGUAGAAGUGAAAGCUGAAAAGAGACUACCGCCCCCUUUCCAACAUACUCCAGAAUACAUUCCCCAACAGACAAAAAAUGUCUCUAAGGAUUUGGUUAGUCCCAGAGCCUACCGAGGAUAUCCACCCAUGGAACACAUGUUUUCCUUCUCACAGCCUUCUGUUAACGAAGAGACUGUCAAUACCCAGUUGACAAGUCAGGGAUCAAGGGCUGGAUUUUUAAGAAGAGCAGAUUCAUUGGCCAGCUCCACUGAAAUGUCCACAUAUAGAAGAGUCAGUGAGCCUCAUGAAAUGCCUCAAAGCGAUAGGUAUAACAGACAUCAGUAUAGAGGAGCUAUGGAACGCCAAAGCAACAUUUCAGUGUCUGAAUCCCAGUUUCUCAAAAGAAAUGGCAGGUAUGAAGAUGAACACCCUUCAUAUCAAGAAGUGAAAACCCAGUCUGGAAGCUUCCCUGUUAAAAACUUAACACAAAGGAGACCUUUGUCUGCAAGAAGCUACAGUACAGAGAGUUAUGGUACCUCCCAAACCAGGCCAGUUUCAGCUAGGCCGACAAUGGCAGCUCUGUUGGAAAAAAUACCGUCUGACUAUAAUUUGAGUAACUAUGGUGAGAAGCCAUCAGAUAACCCUGAUUUAAAGACAAGGCCUACUCCUGUGAAAGGCAAUGAGAGCUGCGGUAAAAUGCCUGCUGACUGGAGACAACAGCUACUUAGACAUAUAGAAGCUAGAAGGUUAGACAGGACUGCUGCUUAUAAACACAACACUGUUAACCUUGGCAUGCUGCGCUCUGGAGGUUUGUCAGCAAUGCAUGCGGGCAGAAGCAUGACAUUAAACUUGCAGACUAAAUCUAAAUUUGAAAAUCAAAUGCAUCAAGAGCUACCUCUACCGAAAACCCCAUCACAACAAAGCAGCAUUUUAGACAAUGGACAGGAAGAUAUUUCUGGCAACCAAUGGAAUCCAUAUCCACUUGGAAGGCGAGAUGUACCACCAGAAACUGUUGCUAAAAAGGCAGGUAGCCAUAUUCAGACUCUGAUGGGGUCACAAAGUCUACAGCAUCGUAGUCGAGAGCAGCCAUAUGAGGGCAACAUGAACAAAGUAACAAUCCAGCAGUAUCAGCCACCGUUGCCAAUACAGAUCCCAUCUCAGAGCUCUCGGGCACCACAAGCAGGGAGGUGUGUCAUUCAAACUAAAGGACAGAGGAGUAUGGAUGGUUAUCCAGAACAGUUUUGUGUAAGAAUAGAGAAGAAUCCAGGACUUGGAUUUAGUAUCAGUGGAGGAAUAAGUGGCCAAGGAAAUCCAUUCAAACCUUCUGAUAAGGGUAUCUUUGUUACUAGGGUUCAGCCUGAUGGACCUGCAUCAAACCUGCUUCAGCCUGGUGAUAAGAUUAUUCAGGCAAAUGGACACAGUUUUGUACAUAUGGAACAUGAAAAAGCUGUAUUACUGCUGAAGAGUUUCCAGAAUACAGUAGACCUAGUUAUUCAACGUGAGCUCACUGUCUAAAUAUUUUUUUAUAAAUAAUAAAAUAUGCCUAACAUUUUUUGCCAAUUGCUGGACCAAUGGCAAAUAUAGUGCCAAAUGUAUAAUAUUAUAUGUUAGUAAUUAUUACCCUGGGGAAAAAUAACUAUAUAAAUAUAACUUCCAACUGACUAUGUAUUAUUUUUCUUUGUAAGUCUCUGGCUAUGCAUUGGUACCAGCUUAUUUUUAAAAUAUUCUUUUUAAUUGUUUCUAGAUGUCUUUAUUUCAGGACACAGAAACACACACAAGUUCUUUACAAAUCUUAGUCUCCAUCAAAAUUACUGCCUCACAAUUGUUUAUGUUUUUAAAAAGAAAAUUAUAUAAAAUUAUAAUUCCCAUAAAAUAUUUCUAUCUCACAUAAGAUAUAAAUUAUUUAUAAAGAAUAUUUUAGUAGUUCUAUAUUCAGUAACAUGAGAAUUGAACUUAAUGGGAUUCACUUCUGUAGAAAUAGGUCUAGAGUUGCACUGCAGACCUAUUAGCUUUUUCAUUUUUUCCCUUUUUUUACAAUGUAAAUACAUAUAUAUCUUUUAAGAGUGCAAUAUCCAAUUUAAAAUAACCUUGAAUUUAUUUGGGAGGCUAAUGGGAGUCUAAUGAGCAAAACCAGGCUUUGCUCUGCUCACAAUAUAUUCUUUUCCAGGAUUUACCUCAAAGAAGUUUAGAAUAUAAAUCACAAAAAUAGUAACAGUAAAAGUAGAUACUGAAUGUUGUAUCAACCUGGUUAAUGGCUUGCAGUUGAUUUGGACUACAACUUCCAUAAGCUCCAGGCAUCCCAACAUCUAUUUAUGCUGGCAGUUUGGGCUAUAUAUUUAGAAGACACUAAAUUAGACAAACUGGUGUAAGUUUCCAAGGAUUGUAGUCCACCAUCACCAGAUGAAUGAAAUGUUACUUUGAGUUACCAGAACAUUCAGAUAUGGACAGGCUUAGAUUGUUACAAUUCUGAAUACAGUGAUAGGAAAGAAAAGGAAUACAAGUAUUUUGUUGUCCCUCACAUAGUCUAAGAAAGUACGUAUAUAAUUGAAUAUUCUUGUAACUCAAAUGUCAGGCAUCUGAAAACUGCCAAGAGUCUUUUGAUUGCCGUGAGAUAAAAAUUUCACAAAUGCAUAAAUGCGCUACCAUACAUCCAAUCUUUACCAUGCCAAAGGACUUUGAAAACAAGCCCAACUUUGGAAUUUGGGAGUUAAAUAAUUUGUCAUAGAUUGAUCAGCCCAAGAGUCCGAUACUUUUCUGAAUAAGGAGAGAGAAGAUCAAGAAAACUUUCAUUUUUUCUCAAUUUGUGUGUGACCAUACAGUAAGCUGUUUCAUGAAUUUUGAAUACCAUGCUUCUAUGGACAAUGUCUCUGCUUUGUCUGUAAUAAGCAACCAACUUACUAAGGGAAAUAGUAUUAUUCUCUUUGUGAUCCUGAACUCCAAACUAUUAGAUGAUCAUUUGCAUUACCAACUUUGUACAUUGUUUCUAGAGUCAAAUUAGUCCACCUGCUGGAAAAUUGGUGUAAAAAACUGUGCAGAAAAAUGUCAAUACCAAAAAUUUGUUAAACAGGAAAGAUAUCUCAUAAUGUGCACAUUAGCACAAUGUACAAAUAAAGGGAUGGCUUUAAUAAUACUAAAUAUUUGGGGGGAGGAUAUGAAUUUUGCUAUGUGCUUCCAGUUUGACCUAGAACUGAGGACAUGGUAAAUAGAAAUUUACAGAUUAAUCCAUAAAAUAUUCUGUAGACAUUAAUCCAUAAAAUAUUCUGUAGACUAAUGGCAAUGUUUAGUUGUUUUAAAAAUUAGUGCUUGUCUACAGUAGAUGAGAUUUAACUUUAUUGUUCAAAAAUAUUACUCCAGGUUAUGCGUGAAAAGGAAAUUUCUUUGAUUCCAAAGAUAAUUUAUGAUUUAAACAAGAGGCCUUGGUUUGGAAUUAUUCAUUCCUAACAAAAAUAACUGGUUAUCUCAAACUGAAUAGAAAAUUAAUUAUGUAACAAGUUGAUGUUUAUUAAUACUUUCCCCCUAACCCUUUAUAAAAACCUUGUACAAAAUUAAUAUUCUAUCUUCCUAGUGAUAAAAAAACAUUUAAAUAAUUCACAAUAUAAAUUAGAGCUCUGCCAAAUUUUAAAGGGAAAAAAUGCUUUGCAGGAAUGCAAAAAUCCUUUGCUUUUACAUUUUAGCCAUUUUAGCCAUGAUUUUGUUUUGCUAUUCUUUUAAAAAAUAGCCCUUCUUUUCCUCUUAAUUACUGAAAUCAUCUCAACCAGUCAGAAAUCAUAUAGAUUUCAUUAGAUUAUGACAUCAAUAAGGAAAAUGGGACUGCAUUGCUUUUUCUCUAAAAUGCCAAUAUAAAUUAAUUUAUCAAAAUCAGCAUUGUGAUUUGUAUUACACUACACUUCUUCUUAAAAGCACAAUUGCACCUUGGCAACAUAUAGUUUGGAAAAGUGCAGUCUGAUGCAUCUCCUAAUUAGCAUUGGUUGUUUUGAUCAUCCUUUCUGUUGUUUUUUUAAAUGGCGCCAUAAAGCAGUGAGUGCAGCAUUUCCAAGUCAAGUACUGGCUUAAUUGCCAUACAUGGACAGCUUUUCCCCAACAGAAUAAUGUUUGUUAUUUAGCGACCUUUAAGGAGUCUUCCUUUUCGAAGGGCAUGGAAUCAUUAAGAAAAUGUUAUUCCUUGCUUCUUCUCAGAGUCAGUGCAAGUAUAAAGCCAAUUCAUGUUUUCUCUACUAUUACAUUCCAUCACGUCCUAGUAGUCCCUUCUGAAGCCGACUAUAGCUAGCUGGAAGUUCCCAUCUUGCAACCAUCCAGUUAGGGGAUGCAGAGUUUGGUAGACUAAGAAACACACCUGAGGACAAUGGCAGAUGUCUUCUGCCAAAGUACAUCACAUCCAGCUGAUUUCUGUUAAACAUCCAUGUCAGAAAAGGGAGUCUAAUUGGGAAGAAAAGUUAAGUAUGGAAAUCUUUCUCUCUUCCCAUCCCCUUAAAUUUACAGAGCUUCGGAUAAGGAAUAAUGUGUGAUCUUAAGCUGUUAGACCUGCACCAGAAGACCCAGAUUCAAGCCUACCCUUAAUCGUGCAAGCAGAUUGGGUGACAUUCAGACAGUCAUUCUCAGCCCAACCCACUUAACAGGGUUGUUGUGCCCUGCUGAGUUACUGAAUGAAAGGCAGUGAUAAACAAACUAUAGUGCUCCACACAAUAUAUAACAUUUAUUCAAUUUGUGAAGGACUGCACGUGUGUCACUAAUACCAUUAUGAUCUUUAGACAGUUCUGAAAAACACAGAGCAGAAACUAUAUAGCUAAAAUCUUCCUUUCCAUUUCCAAACAAGUAAUCUGUCAUCUUUGGCAAGGCUUUUUAAAGGCUCCUAUGAAUUCCAAAGCAGAAACUGAAGCUGAACUGCUCCGUUCAGCUCCUACUUCUCAUUCAAAUUGGGUUUUGCUGCAUUUGUUUCCAUGGUGACAGUUGUGCUAGCCAACCCUGACUAUAUACAAAGGCGCUCUGCCCAAACAUGCCUUAAAGCGUGAUUAAAGAACCAGGAGAGACAGAUAACUCUGGUUUUUUGGCUUCCAUUCAGCAGAGCAUAGAGAGAGAGACACACACACAUACAUACUGGAGAAAUAGGACUUUGCUGUAUGGAGAGCAAAUGGAUUUGCAUCAGCACCUGCAGCUAGGCCAAUUUGCCUAUAACAGACCCUCUACAGACCGAUCUUAGAAAGCUUUCGCUCUCAGAACCCUUCUUACGGAUUUUUUUCCCAGGGCUAUUUAUAGAAAGUAAUGUAAAAAGCAAUCUAGUUAAUAAGAUGCCAUACGGAAUCAUUUUAGGAGGUACAAUAAAUUUUUAAACAUCGCCUUGUAAGUACCACAUGGAAUCAUUUUGAUAGGUAUGACAUUUUUUUAAAAAAAUCAAGUAAAAUAAAUGCUAGGAAGUAUCUAGGCAGCCAUUUUUAAACUUCUUUCAUACAAGCGCCUCUUUAAAAUUGCAACUGGUUAAAAUUAGACUUCUGUUCUUCUCAUACAAAUGAUGUAAAGUUUUUAAUUCAUGUGUAAAUAUUAGUAUAAGAAGAUACAAUUAACUAUUAAUCAGGGGCACAUUAGGACAAUGGUUAGGAAAGUGAACUGUUUUGCUGUUGUGAAUUCUAUUUUGCCCUUGCUGCCAAUGAAAGCAAGCAUCAAUAAUCAGCAGCAAGUCUCUCGUUGGAACUUUGGUUUUAUUUGUACUCAGAUUCAGAGUUAGUUUUAAUUUUUUAAAGACUCCCCAACUUUAUCUGAAGCAUAGUUUGGAACAUAAAAGAGCAGCUUAAAAGGUUACUUUCCCAGCAGCUGCCACCAUAGAGUGAACAUUUGCUCUCCUGGGGUUUUUGAAUUUUGAAGGUUGAUGAUCCUGCUAUAGCUAAAGUUCAUAUAGGGUGGAAAGCAUCUGGCAGAGCUGGCUAGAUGUGAAAUGUCAAUCUCUCUCCCUCCUUCUUCACCCUCUCUCACACAUACACACAGAUACAAACGUUUAAUGCACUAGUGUAGCUUUAUGCUAUCCUUAACUUCCCAGCAGCUAAAAAGGUCAGUGUCUACUGCUUCACACAGGAGCACUUAAGGAUACUUAUUGUAGAUUAUAAUUAAUGCCUAGAAGCACCUCUUUGAUCUGUAAGAAUUCCUUCCACCAUAUUUAGAAAACCCAAAACAUUUUAUUAUAUAGACAAAAGCAGACAUCUAGAAGAUGCCACUGAACCCUCUUUACCUCUAAUCAUUUUCUCUAAAAUAGGACUUCAUUUAGUGUAUCAAUGGUCAGCAUCUAAUAUCAAGAUUCUGGAGUAAUUGCCUUUUACUGGAACAGCUGAUUGGGAUAGGCAGGUGUGGGGUUGUAUGGGUGAAAACUAGACCUGGAUGGCCAAUUAUGGCCCCUUUAUGACCUAUGGACUUCAUUCCCCAGAAUUCCUGAGCCAGCAGCCAUGCCUGGCUCAGGAAUUCUGGGAGUUGAAAUCCACAGGUUUUAAAGGGGCAUUGCUGCCCAUGCCUGAGUUAGAACCAGCUAUCUCUUAAGCUUGUAUUCAAUUAGGAUUGUAGCUUUUGCAAUCACCCUCAGUACUUGCCAGUGUCCAACAAUGAAUUCCAUAUAUUGCUGAACAGUAUUAUACAAGGAAUUAAAAUCUCAGUCUGGUGAUUCAACAGUACAACUCAUCCAUUAACUGAAUGUUUACUUAGUAUUUCAGGACUGGAAUUUGGCAGGAAUCCUCACUCAGACAGGGACUUAUAUCAGAAUAAAAUAAUCUGAAAGC